AUGAUCAUUCGCGCGUCUCAAAUAUUCCUCGUCUUCGUCUUAUCUGCGAGUUCGAUUUACACCGACGAUAGCAAAGGAUCGAAAAUCAAAGAUCGAAUGAAACCGGUUAAAGGAUUUAUCGAAGAAUCCUCAAGUGAAAAUCAAGUAUCAACGACUACCGAGUCUACGACGACAGCAGAGGAGCUGACUUCGCCUGUCAAUGUCUCCAGUGACUUCAGACCGAGUGUGCACUUGGGCGAAAUCAAAGAAUCGAGGAUCAACACCAGCCCGUUCAACGAUCUCCAACAUUUUAAGAUCUCCAACACGAUAGAUCCUGACUCGCUUCAGGAACACUUGAAAGACUACCGAGUGAUUUUCCAGCCCAACAUUCAAACCCUGACGGAGCCAGUAAAUUUCCAAACGGAUCUGAUAAAUCCCCAUCAGAUUGCGUUCCAAGGACCUUCGGAAGAAGAGAGAAAUAACGCAGCGCUGCAGAAUAAUUACGUAAAAUUCGAGAACGAAGCAUCGAACGUUCAACACGGUUCGAAGGAUCAGAAUUUUCAACAUUUCGAUCCCACGGUGGAAAACGGAGCUCAGUACGAUUUAAUGAAUCAACCGGUUUACCAUAAUCAAGCUUUCGAUCAGGAAACGUAUUUGGGGAAACCUUCUAAGUUUCAAGAAGAGAAACCUCCGGCUAACUCAAACGCUGAUCGUCUAAAACUGCAUAAUACAGAUCAUCAGUAUCGCCAGCCAGGCACGCAGAACGUUCAUUUCGCCAAUAACCCAAGCAAUGGGAUGGUUUACGUUCAAGAGUCAUCGUUCAUGAGAACCAGGAAGUUCCCGUAUUCAAUGUGGCCUCAGUUUCAUCCAGAGUUCAACGAUUCCUUGCAUCCCGUCAGAAAAAAAACUUCCCCGUGGAGGAAGAUUCUCCAUCUGAUCGGCGCGUUUCUGCCCCUUGGCCUGCUCAUAGCCGCCCUGACCCCGAACGUCGUCAAGGUCGACAACGCGACCCAGCCAAACAUCGUCCUGUCCAAGUGGAGGGUCGCUGACCUGCCGGCCGAGCACAAACGGGCGCGGUUCACGGAUACCUGCGAGGAGAGAUCGAUCUGCGAGAUGAUCUUGGCCGGUGGUGACGCCGGCUCGACCGCGUUGCAAAACAUCCUGUGGAACCUAGCCACGAGAACAUCGUCGACGAUGGCUGAGGAGAGCGGCCUGCUGGAAAUUUUCGAGUCGGUGAAGAAAAAGGAUUGCGACAACGUCCCCUGCUAA